AUGUCUAUAGGCAGUCAACCGAAGCUGGUUCACACGCCUUCGCAGCAGUCCAUCGCCGCCUCGGACGACUACUACUCUUUCUCAGAUCUCACCGCCCGCUCCAGCACCAGCAGGGUCACAGUAGUUCCCUACCAGACAGCCCCUUCCAGGCAUCCUUCCCCGGCCCGGGACGCUCACCAGGCUGCCCAGGGGACACAACAUACGCAGAAUACACAGCAUACACAAGAGACACAAGGGACGCUGCAUAGGCCGGCUAGAGUUGUCAAUAUGAGCACCGCAGCUAGAGGGGACAGCGGUACCCCGACACCAGGCACGGAUGACUCGCCCUACAUUCGCUUUGCCAUCGACCAGUUGACCAGAGAUGAGGAGCUUAGGGGAGAGGGCCGUCAUGGCUCACUCGCUACCUCUCCAGACUACCCCGUCAACCGUCUCAUCCCGGACGAGGGCCUCGGAUACUACACCCCAAAGACCACCGCCACUAUAGAAAACAACAACAACAAUAACCACACUAAUAACCACAUCAAUGAUAAUAAUGAUAUUAAUGGCAACGAAAAAACCACGAAUUCAGUGCUUGUGGCAGUGGAACCCUUGGGCAACACGCUGAAUUUUGUUCCCUAUGUCCUUCGCCCGAUUUUGUUCGCACCUGGUAUCCUCCUCACCCUCGCCAUGGUUGCUGCCCUCGCAUUCUGCAACGUCUGGUCGCAAAGGCAUGAUGGCCUAGCUGCGUACGUCUACUUUGGCGGAUCAGAGUACUUCCUCUUCGAGUUUCUACCUCAGAUCAUCGGUAUCUUCUUUGUCCUCUGGCUCUUCGUCCUCCAGGCCGCCGUCUAUCGCAUCGCCCCUCUCUCCGGCAUAGCUCGCCCCCAGACGGCUAGAGACACCACCUUCCAGCGGCUGUCCAUGCUGCCCAGGAACUUCCUGCUCCCCGACCUCUCCCAUUUCAAAUACGGCGAGCCUGUUGUCGGUGUCUGUCUACUCGUCUUCUGGCUCGUCAAUUGGUUCACCGUUCCUCUCCUCAGCUGUCUCUUCCAGCCCCGCUACUACGGCACCCUCGAGGACGGUGGUUUCCGCUGGGUCAGUGUCCAGGGGGUUGGCUGGAUGCUAUUCGCACUCUACGCCCUUCUCGUAAUCGCCUUACUCGCCAUUCUAGCCCGCUUUGGCUUCGGGACCAGCGGCCUGCAGUGGGACCCUGUCAGCCUGGCAGACGUCAUCCCGCUCAUCCAACGGUCAAAUGUGCUCCACGACUUUGACCAGUCAGAGGUCACCCCCAACGUAGCUGGCCACCUCCCUCCUAGAAAGCUGCGUCUGGGCUACUGGAAGGCCUCCUCUGCUCCAGAAGAUACUUUUUAUGCUCUUGGUCAAGAGUCCGCCCCGCUCAAGAGAGUCUCCUCCGUUGACCGGCUGCUCGAAAAGGGCCAUAGCCACAAAAGAAGCAACAGCACCAACAGCAUCAAGAACGAUCCCGUCGACAUUGAGCGCCAAGAACUCCACAGCAAAGACUCCUUUGAAAGGAGCUUGCAUUCGCCCUUCUUCCGCUACCGCUGGGCGCCCUGGUUCCUCAAGGACACCUUUGUCGUCGUAUGGAUACUGAUCGCGUUUGUCCUUCUGAUUGGUUUUAUCACAGUCAGCUUCGUCAACCGCCCAUUGGAGCGAGGCUUCCUUCCGCUCCUCCCGACCCUCCCCUCCGCCUCUGGCUUCUCGUCAUCCAAUUUCCUCUUCAGCUUCAUACCCGCCUUGCUCGGAAACUUUCUCUUCCUUGCCUGGCAGCCCAUUGACGUCUAUUUCCGAGCCGCCCAGGCGUACGCCGACCUCUCUUCUCCACGGGGUGCCUUCGCAGAGCAGUCGCUCUUGCUCUCCUACAACGCAUGUCUACCUAUUGAGGCCACCUUCCGCGCCCUCGUUGCCCGUCAUUACAAGGUAGCCUAUAUAUCUUUUAUUGGCGUCGCCUCCCUCACUCUCCCAGUCCUCGCCGGAGGCGUGUUCAUGGCCCGUUUCUAUGCCGAACAAGAACAAGUGCGGAUCUCCUCCUACUCGCCAGCAUACUAUACCCUUAUCGCCUUUGCCAUCCUCUACGCGUUCUCCUUCCUUACCAUCUGGCCACGACGCAAACGCUACCUCCCCCACCCACUCUACACCUACGCAGAUACCAUCAGCUUCCUCUACCAGAGCCCCUUGCUCGUCGACAAGGUCUUCCGUGAGCCCAAAACGAAGACUGACCUCGUUACUCGCACCAUCGUCGCGCCUCCUGGCGAGAGCCACAAGGCUCUCUACGCUUUUGGCGUCUACUACGGCCAAGAUGGCAAGGGCCAUCUCGGCAUAGACCGUCUUCGAAGGCUCGAGGGCGACGAAUGA